AUGUCUUCCAAUCGAGCCCAGCGGAAGCGCAGCGUGAAACGAACGCAAAAGGCGCAGGAACUCCUCGAUGCGGGCGAACAUGUGCCAGGGUUGGGCAUGCCGGAUCAAGCGACAGAACCUCCAAAGGUGAGACCAGCUUUGACCCAGACAGCUCCUCAGAAGACGGCGAAAGUGACACCGGCGUCGAGAUUGGCGCAAACACGAGCACCACCAGCGGCAGGAACGCCAUUGUCUUCAGUACCCAGAAGACUUCAACAAGCCACGCAAGUGAACAACCCCAAAAUGGACAGCAUGACCAUUCCACUCUUCAAUCCAGACACACUGCGCAUAUACCCCUGGCAACCACCUUAUCCGACGCGCUUCACGGCCCUCUCCGAUGACCGCAAAAACGAAAAGUACAAAAUGGACGAUGCCGGGAAGUGGGAAGACAUCAACGAUGGAGCUGACGAGUGGUCUGAAUUCUGUGGCGAUCGCUCGUGCUACCCGGCUAAUGACCACCGCGGCGGUUCCGCAAUGGAGUACUGCAUCGCGUCGACGUUUGUGCACCGUGCGAAGCGCGCGUACUGGAGCGGCAAGAGCUGGGAGGAGUUUGAAUUCGAUGAGCGCACGAUUGAUAGUGAAGAGCAAGCCAGGACGGAAGCGGAUGGCGACAAAAGGGCGGUGUGUCUGGCGACUGCACUGGACAAUCGACUGCGCAUAGCGGUAUUCGAAGGAUUAAAGGGAAGAUUGUGCUCGGAGAUCUGGUUGAAGGAGCAUCCAGGUCUGCCAUCAGUGGUAAGGACGAAGGUGGAGUGCUGGGACUCCCGGGAGCCUACUCCGACAUUGCAAGUGCCGAGACUGACGGAUGAAGAAGCACGCGCGGCGCCUACGACGGUAGAAAGGGGGCGAGGCAUUGUAUUCUGGUCGAUCGACGCCACCGGUCUCCGACAACCUGUUUAUGAAGACGAACGGAAGCGACCGAGUGGGAUGGUGACUUUUAUGGAUGAGAUGCGCGAGCUGGCUGAGAAGGAGGCAGCGCCAUCUGCUCCGGCCUUCAUGUUGGGGAGGUUGGACGGUGUUGGGCCGAAGACUCCGCUCCCAAUGCCAGAAGCGCAAGUGGAUGGACUGCAGAAAGUGGAUGUCUCGGACAGCGAUGCGGAGGGUAGUUGA